UGUUCCUUUGAAAGUUACAAAUGGAAAGCAGGGCGGAUGAUUGGAGUCUUUAUAUUUGAAGCGAAUAUGGAAAUCUUAAGAUAGCUGCCCGGGUUGCUGUUUGUUUUGGUCUUGCCAUUGAUUGACACCAUCCGGGUUGGGGUGUCGUGAACCUCCGGGACGGUAAGUCAGUUGCCCUCUUGCAGGAAGUGCCUAGGCAUGUCGGCCAUGCACGAAGGGAUCCAGGCCCUGGAGGAGGUCGGCGAGGUGCUGCUGGACUGCAUCACCAACAGCAACGCGGAGAAGACGGUGAAGACCGCCAUGGAGAAGCAGACCCUCAUCCUGAGCCGCCUGCUGGAGACGAGGAAGUCCGCAGCCCAGCUGGUUUCAGAUCUGCUGCACACUGAGGAGAAGGUAGCUCACGACCUGCUGGACAUUCAGAGCCAGAGGAACGGUGUUCUGGAGGAGCUGGACAAGCUGGAGAAGGAGCUCCAGAAGAGCAAGUCGAGGAAGGACAUGCUCCAGGCUGAAAUAGAGUUUCUCCAGAAGGAGAUCGACAGCCUGCGCGAGGCCGAGAGGGAGGUCCAGGUCUUGCAAGCUGAGGUGGACGAGGACACCACUGAGAUCAUCCCCUCUACCAAGUACAUCGUUCAGCUGUACCACAAGGUGACGAAGAUAAAGUGGGAUUUUAAUACUGAACCAGACAUCCUCAGAGGAGUCCACUUCGGAAAGGAUAUUGUCACCCCUAUCAACCUCGACACGAGAGAACACUCUGAGGGCUUCAUCAGUGAUUACCUCUGGAGCCUGGUCAGCACGGAGUGGUAGAAUAGAGGAGGGGGUGGGGAGGACCCCCUUGUUAUCAUCAGCUGUAUAUGCCAUGUAUAUGUUGUUUUUUUUAAAUUAUCAACCUACUCUACUUUGUAAAAAGUCUUACAGGAUACGUUUCUAUGGGACAAACACUGUAACAAGCUUACAGAAGAUCUGGGGUCCCCUUCUUGAAUGUUUUGGAAAAGACUGGGCUUUGUACUUAUUCAAGUGUUACCUAUCUAGUCAUUUUGUGAUUGCUUCUGUCACAGGUUUUGACUUUGUGCUUAUUUCAACAAGAAAACCGUAAAAAUGCAGAAGCACAUUUAAGCCCUCUGUUAUUUUUUGUUUUGUGUUGUUUUUUGUGUCUUUUUUGUGUUUUGUCUUGUUUGAAUA